AUGUCUACCUCUGACAUGUCCUUUACGACUCGGGCGACGAAGUCCAUAGAAGAUGCCAUGUUCAACGCAGAACAACAUGGCUCUUCUCAACUUCUACCCCUCCAUCUCGCCCUCGCCCUCCUAGACCCAUUACCCGAUCUUUCGAAAGACCAACAACAGACUAUGAACGCCUCUCAUGGAUCUGCCUCGCAGUCACUAUUCCGUCAAGUAGUAGAGCGAGCCCAUGGAGAUCCGCAGGCUCUUGACCGUUCACUCAAGCGCGCGGUUGUUCGUCUACCAAGUCAAGAUCCUCCGCCUGAAAACGUUGCCGUUUCGCCUUCUUUUAACAAAGUUUUAAGAGCGGCGAAGGAGUUGCAGAAGACGCAGAAGGAUUCGUUUAUCGCGGUGGAUCAUUUGAUUAUUGCCGUUACUCAAGAUCCUGCUGUUCAAACAUGUUUGAAGGAGUCUAAUAUACCAAAUAUCAAGCUUCUGCAAGAUGCUGUUUCGCAGAUUCGGGGAACGCGGAGAGUGGAUUCUAAGACGGCGGAUGCGGAGGAGGAGAAUGAAAAUUUGAAGAAGUUUACCGUGGAUAUGACGGCGAUGGCCAGAGAGGGAAAGAUUGAUCCCGUUAUUGGCAGAGAAGAGGAGAUUCGACGGGUCGUUAGAAUUUUGUCGAGACGAACGAAGAAUAACCCAGUGUUGAUUGGUGAACCGGGUGUGGGAAAGACGACCGUAGUGGAGGGUUUGGCACAGCGAAUUGUUAAUGCUGAUGUUCCGGAUAAUCUCGCCGCUUGCAAACUUCUCUCGCUGGAUGUCGGAUCAAUUAUCGCCGGAAGUAAAUACAGAGGAGAGUUUGAGGAGAGAAUGAAGGGUGUUUUGAAGGAGAUUGAAGACUCAAAGGAAAUGAUUGUUCUAUUCGUCGAUGAAAUGCAUCUUCUCAUGGGCGCUGGCGCCAGUGGUGAAGGUGGAAUGGAUGCUGCCAACAUGCUUAAACCUAUGUUGGCUCGUGGACAACUCCACUGUAUUGGUGCUACCACUCUCAACGAAUACCGAAAAUACAUUGAGAAGGAUGCAGCAUUCGAACGUCGUUUCCAACAAGUUUUGGUUAAAGAACCAUCUAUCCCCGAUACCAUCUCUAUUCUUCGUGGAUUGAAGGAGAAAUACGAAGUUCAUCACGGAGUUACCAUUGCAGAUGCAGCUCUUGUUUCUGCGGCUACUUUGGCCGCUAGAUAUCUUACACAAAGACGACUUCCGGAUUCUGCUGUUGAUCUUAUUGAUGAAGCAGCAGCAGCAGUUCGAGUUGCUCGAGAAUCACAGCCUGAAAUUAUCGACUCCCUCGAUCGUAGACAUCGACAACUCGAGAUUGAAAUUCAUGCCUUGUCUCGAGAAAAGGAUGAAGCUUCAAAAGCUCGCUUAGCUCAAGCUAGACAAGAUGCUCAAAACGUUGAGGAAGAACUUAGACCUUUACGUGAGAAGUAUGAGAGUGAAAGAAAGAGAGGCAAGGACAUUCAAGAAGCUAAACUCAAGCUUGAUCAAUUGAAGGUCAAAAUGGAAGAGGCUACUCGUUUGGGUGAUACUAGCAAGGCUGCUGAUCUUCAAUAUUACGCAAUUCCGGAACAGGUCGCAUUUAUCAGGACCUUGGAGAAAGAGAAGAAAGCUGCUGAUGCGGCCCUUAGCUCGAAUUCUAAUCCUGAUUCUGGUGGAUCUCUUAUCACUGAUACUGUUGGUCCAGAUCAAAUCAACGAGAUUGUUGCUCGAUGGACAGGUAUCCCGGUCACUAGACUUAAGGCGACUGAGAAAGAUAAACUUUUGAAAAUGGAAAGCGCUCUAGGAAAAAUAGUUGUUGGUCAAUCUGAAGCUGUUAAGGCUGUCUCGAAUGCUAUUCGACUUCAAAGAGCAGGACUUUCCAAUCCAAACUCGCCACCAAGUUUCCUGUUCUGUGGUCCAUCGGGUACUGGUAAGACACUUCUUACCAAAGCUCUUGCCGAUUUCCUCUUCGAUGACGAGAAGGCUAUGAUCAGACUGGAUAUGUCCGAAUAUCAAGAACGUCAUGCACUUAGUCGCAUGAUUGGUGCACCACCUGGAUAUGUUGGUCAUGAUGCCGGUGGACAACUUACUGAAGCCCUUCGUCGUAAACCUUUCUCUAUUCUUCUCUUUGAUGAAAUUGAAAAAGCAGCAAAGGAAAUCCUUACAGUUCUCCUUCAACUCAUGGAUGAUGGUCGUAUUACUGAUGGCCAAGGACGUGUUAUUGAUGCCAGAAAUUGUAUCGUGGUUAUGACGUCCAAUUUGGGUGCUGAAUAUCUCGAUCGUCCUAAUGCUGCCAAUGGAAAGAUUGAUCCAACUACUCGCAUGAUGGUCGAACAAGCUCUUAAGGAUUAUUUCUUGCCUGAGUUUCUCAAUCGUAUCAAUGCAACUAUUAUCUUCAAUCGUCUCACCAGAGCUCAAAUCCGAAAGAUUGUCGACGUACGACUUGGGGAGAUUCAAAAGAGACUAGCGAACAACGGACGAAAUAUUCGCAUUGACUGUUCUCCUGCAGUUCUCGAUUAUCUCGGCUCAGCAGGUUAUAGUCCUGUAUAUGGUGCUAGACCACUUGCCCGAUUGAUAGAAAAGGAAGUGUUGAAUAGAAUGGCAGUACUAUUAUUGAGGGGUGCAAUUAAAGAUGGUGAGACUGCGAGGGUGGUCAUGAGAGACGGAAGAAUUGUGGUGGAACCUAAUCAUCAGGGUAGUAGCGAGGAAAACAGUAGUGAGGAUGAUAUGGAUAUUGAUGAGGUGGAUGCGAGAGAGGCUUAUGGAAGGAGGGGAUACAGAGAUGAGGACAGGGACAGUGAUGGGGAUUUGGACUUGUAUCAGUAG